AUGUCAGCGUACCAUGGUUUGCCAUCUGGCUUUGCCUCUAGUGAGCGUAUUGAGCCUGGUUGUCUUUCAAAGAGAUCUCCAGCAGAUCAAUGUGAGUACUAUCGGGGUGCUGAAUCAUGGAGGCUAUCGUGGCCAAAGAAUCAGCGAACUCAUUCUGAGCCCUCGAUAUAUUUCAGAAGUAGAACUGCAAGUAUUAUGAUGAUAGUGAAUAACUAUGUUGUCCUUGCCAAAGAGGUGUAUGGAGUUGCAGAAACCCUACUAAUCUCCUUCUUGCUGGUGUUGAGUGUUGACUUCAUAGUUGAAUCAACCGGUGUCUUCACUGAAAAUGAGAAGGUUGUUGCUCACUUAAAAGGUGGUGCCAAGAAGGUUGUGAUCUCUACUCCCAAAGACGCCCCCAUAUUUGUUGUGGAUGUUGUAAAGGAAUACAAGCCAGAAUUGGACAUUGUCUCCAAUGCUACUUGCACUACUACUAACUUCCUUGCACCUUUGGCCAAGGUUAUCAAUGAUAGGUUUGGCAUUGUGGAGGAUCUCAUGAGCACUGUCCACUCAAUGCAAUUUGGAUAUGAUGAAUUUUAUAUGUAG